AUGGCUUCCGCAGAGAACCCCGGCCAAGCGUCUGGCCUUGCGGAUGGUAUGGCUCCAACCCAUACUUAUGUGCGUAAUCAGGGAUAUGUGAACCCCGAGGAUGCCAACUCCACUUUGGCGGGGCAACAGCCCACCGAGGAAGAGGAAUACAACGAAGAUGAAGAUGAAGAUUACGAUGACAUUUUCGAAGAAGAACUCGACACAGAAGACUUCCAAUCCUCAAACCCAGCAGACUUGACCAAAGCCUACAAUCGCCAGCGUAAGAUGAACGAUUGCGCCGCUGAUACCAACGUUCCAAAAUGGACCUACCCGAAGACGAAUUCCCAAAAGCCCACAGUCAACACGCAUGCGUCGAUCGAUGAUCAAGUUAAGUCUUUGACAAAACAUGCUGCCAAGAUUAAGCUUGAUGAGCAACAGUCGGGGCUCUCUUCGAAGGGUGACAAAGGUGGAGAUCGUGCGGAUCGUGCAACAUCAGAGCAGGUUCUGGAUCCUCGUACUCGUAUGCUUCUUUUGCAGAUGAUCAACCGAGGCUUGGUCUCAGAAAUCCAUGGAUGCUUGUCAACGGGUAAAGAGGCAAAUGUAUACCACGCCAUCUCCCUCCCAGAAGAGGAUGAUGUCGCUGCGCAACACCGGGCUAUCAAGGUCUACAAGACAAGUAUUCUGGUCUUCAAGGACCGUGACAAGUAUGUCACUGGUGAAUUCCGUUUCCGUCAAGGCUAUAACAAGAGCAACAACCGCGCAAUGGUUAAAUUAUGGGCUGAAAAAGAAAUGCGAAACCUGCGAAGAAUUUAUUCUGCUGGAAUCCCUUGCCCCGAGCCUAUCUAUCUUCGUCUGCAUGUUCUGGUUAUGGGCUUCAUCGGAAGCUCUAAGGGCGUCGCUGCACCACGUCUUAAGGAUGUUGAUUUCGAUCUAACUGACCCUGAACUUCGCUGGCGAUCUCUAUACAUGGAAUUGCUCGGCCAUAUGCGAGUGAUGUACCAAGUCUGCCGACUUGUGCACGCUGAUCUUAGCGAGUACAACAUCCUCUACCACAAGGAUCGUCUAUAUAUCAUUGAUGUUAGUCAAAGUGUUGAGCAUGACCACCCUCGCAGCUUGGAGUUCCUCCGAAUGGAUAUCAAGAAUGUUAGCGAUUUCUUCCGUCGUAAGGGUGUUCACACCUUAUCCGAGCGAACUAUUUUCCAAUUCAUCCUGGCUCCGGAAGGUCCUACCGCUGUCACCCCAGGAAACGAAGAGAUGUUUGAGGCUCUCGAGAAACUGUUCGCCGCACGUGAUGAGGCUGGUGUCACUGAAGAGUCGGAAGAGGUCGACACAGCAGUGUUCCGUCAACAAUAUAUUCCCCAGAAUCUGGAGCAAGUGUAUGAUAUUGAGCGUGACGCUGAGAAGGUCCGCGAUGGCGGCGGCAAUGAGCUCGUCUACGGAGACCUCUUAGCAACUGAUAAGGCGAAGCCAGUCGAGCACGAUGCCGAGUCAGAGUCCGAUGCCAGUGGCGGUGUCUCUGUAUCAGACUCCGAGGACGAGGAUGAUGAAGAGAAGGAUCCCUUCGCACCAAAGCAACCUCGCGGCAAAAAAUUCGAGGACAAAGAUUCCAAGCGUGACCACAAGGCAAAGGUCAAGGAGGAGAAGCGCGAGCAGCGUGCAAAGAAGAUGCCCAAACAUCUCAAGAAAAAGCUCGUCUCUACCUCUUCGCGCAAGAAGAAAUAA